AUGGAUUCGCCAAUGCAAGAUGAUAACGAUGCUGAAGCCCCUCCUGCUGUGCCCAGUGAGGCGUUCCAACUGCGAGGCUAUCAGGCUGAGAUGGUGGAAGAGAGCAUGAACGGCAACGUCAUUGUGGUCAUGGACACGGGCUCAGGAAAGACGCACAUAGCCAUCGAACGGACACGAGCGGAGUUGGAGACGUGCGAGCCCGACAAGGUACGGAUACCUGCCGCUAAGUCCCCACACUAA